GAGAGGGAGGGGGAGGUUCUCUUCUCCUUUUCUCUCUGUCCGCGCCCUUUCCUAUUCCGGGACAGGCUGCAAGCAAGGGAGGGGGGGGCAGAGAAGAGAGGAGAGUGCGCGGGCGCGGAAAGGAGCGCCGUCUGACGCGGGCGGGGUCCAGUUGCAGCCCGGGCAAAGAGAGUCGCCCUCGGAGGGCUUUCCCCGUCCUGAGCCAGCGAGGCUGCUGCUGCUGCUGCGUCUCCCCCGCUCCCACGGCGCGCCUGCCCGCCCACCUAGAGCCAGCAGCACCCCAAAGCUUUUAGGGGGUGGGCUGGGUGGGGGGAGUGUCGAGGGAGUGCCCGGAGGGAGAGGAAGCUGCGGAUGACUUUGCAGCCGGCGGAAGGAGCAGCGACUGGAGGAGGAGGCGGCGGCAGUGGCGAGUGCGGCUGCGGCAGAGGCGAGCUGGGGAGCCCGAUGGAACGCUGAGGCGCCGGAAAGGAGAGCGGCCCCAUUGUUACGUCGCGUUCUUCGGAAGCGGAAAGUUUUCCCCAACGUUCGAAAAGGGCGCGCCCGCUCGCCUUUGAUCUCCUCCGCCCGCCCGCCCGCCCGCCCGAGAGAGGAAGGGGACGGGAGGGACCCCCUGUGGCCCAAAGGGAGGCGACUUUCCCGGGCUGCCUCUUUCUCCCUUUUCCAAGCCUUGUAUGGACUGUGGUAGUUGCCCGCAGCCAUGGGGAAGAUGCUAUCCAAGAUCUUCGGCAACAAAGAAAUGCGGAUCCUGAUGUUGGGCUUAGAUGCGGCUGGCAAGACCACCAUCCUCUACAAGCUCAAGCUGGGCCAGCCGGUGACGACCAUCCCCACGGUGGGCUUCAACGUGGAGACCGUGACCUACAAGAACGUCAAGUUCAACGUCUGGGACGUAGGGGGCCAGGACAAGAUCCGGCCCCUCUGGAGACACUACUAUACUGGCACCCAAGGGUUGAUUUUUGUAGUGGAUUGCGCUGACCGCGACCGGAUUGAUGAAGGCCGCCAAGAGCUCCAUCGUAUCAUCAAUGACCGGGAAAUGCGAGACGCCAUCAUCCUGGUGUUCGCCAACAAGCAGGACCUCCCAGACGCCAUGAAACCCCACGAGAUCCAGGAGAAACUGGGGCUCACUCGUAUUAGGGACAGGAAUUGGUACGUCCAGCCGUCGUGUGCCACGUCGGGGGAAGGACUUUAUGAAGGUUUAAUGUGGCUUACUUCCAACUACAAAUCAUAAUUCUAGGGCUAUAUUAUAUAUCUAUAUAAUGUGCGCGCACACAAAAAUCUCUAACCAAUGAAUCCUAGAACAUAUAUUCUCUUCUGUCUUGCCCCUCCUCCUCCUCAACAUUUCUUUUUUCUUUCUUUCUUUCUUUGGGGGGGGGGUUGCGGGGGAGUGGCUGGUUUUGAAACCUGAUCUGGUGCACCAGGAUUCCUUCUCGCUCUUGCAAGAGUGGAGAGGGUUUUUUAUUAUGAUGAUUAUUGGCAGCAGCCUGGAUCGAAAUGAGCUGUCCAUGCGUCCUCUUAGCUUCCGGCUGCAUCCUGAAAGGUGCCUUCUGAUUUAUGCUGAUGGGAGACGAGAUGGGGGGUGUGUGUGGAUGAGGGCUCUUCGCCCUGUCCCUAUAUCAGAAGGCUGCUUACCACUGCUAGGUUUGCACGCCUUCAGCCCUCCCCGUUCCUGGCCUUGUGGUUCUCCAACCUGUGGUGACUUGACGGGGGUUUUAAUCUGAGGGGAGUCUCUCUGUUUUCUAGAGAUAGUUGGGCCUGCUUGUUAGCACUGACUUCUCCAUAAUGGGUGUUUGCAAAGGUGGUGGUGGGGGUGGGUAUUUUGAUUAGGGAAGUAUCCCCCUUGCUCUCCAUGCAGGAAUUUAUACUUGCAUCUGGGUCCUGCCUACCUCUUUGGCUCAAGGCGCCUGUCUGAAUACCACCCUCUGCCCUCCUUGUAUGCUGCUUCCUGGGGAGGGGGCUGCAGGCUGAGGCAGUGAGGUCCGUCGCUACCCUGCAUGGGGGAGGCGCUGGAAUGCCUGGCUGCUGCACUCUGCAUGCCGGGACACCUUUGCAGGGAAACACCCAUCAUCUUCCCUUCGCUCUUGACCUGUUCAACCUGCCAAGGUUGCCUGCCUGGAGUAGGCAAGGACGUGCACGCCCGACCAAACCAGUUCCCCCACCGCAAGGUGGGUGGAAUCGGAAAAACCAUUCGUCAGAGCUGUGGCCAGCUCCCUUGCCCAAAUCCUUGUUGAGGCUCUUCCUUUCAGAGGUGGCAGGUUGCCAGCUCUGGAGGGCCGCCAGACAGGAGCGUCCUUAGCAGGGGGUCGCUCUGCAGCGUCUCCCGUGAAGCCAACCGGCUUUAAAGGGUGGGCCCAGCUCCGCGCUCCCUUGCAGGUACCGAGAGUCUCCAUCGGUCCCUAACGUAACCAAAUCAGUCUGGGACUUUUCCCUUUUCAAGGUUUGUUUCUGCUUUCCUUCUCCUGUCCUUUGCAAAACUUCUCUGGAGUGGAGGGAAUCUCCUCCUGCUUCAUUGCCUUUGGGCUGAUGUUUGUACCCAUAUCUGGACCACAUCCUUCGAAAAUAUCCACUUGUCAUGCCAAGUUGCCCAUCCUUGGAGAAAGACCACUAAGUCACCAAUUAUCCAAUAUUCUCUGCCAUCCUUUCCUGUGGCUGGUACCUGAAGUCAAGUUCUGCCAGUUGAGACCAGCCUCCAACCCCUGGGAACGCUUUCCUACCUGGAGAGUGAGAGUGUGUGUGUGUGUGUGUGUGUGUGGUGGGAGAAACAGGUGAGUGUGGAUUUUUUUUUUAAGACUAAAUCGACAAGAUUUUUCAAACUGAUCUGUAGGGGUGUGUGUCUCCAGUUUCCAGUGCACUGCUUAAGCAAGAUCCCAGGACCAGAGAGAGGCUGCUUUUUUGCAGAGAAUGCUAGGAUGGUGAGUUAUCGCUGCCUGACUUCCCCUUCUGCUGUUACUAAAGGUCUGUUUCCCUUUUUUCUUCUUCUUCUUCUGGUUUGAGGCCAGGUCUCGAAGCAGUAAUCGGUUCUGGUUUGUCCGUCACGCUGCAGUAGGCUGGCAAAGAAAGCCCCCGCCCUUCCAAAACGGCUGGUUUUUAAGAUCCGAGCUGUGUGUAUGGGUUCUCCCUUCUGCAUGACUACUGCUUCCUCCCCCGCCACCCACUCCACCCAGCCCCAAAAGCUGUUCCUCCGCUUACUUUGUAGACUUCCUAUUCCGCGCGGUUACAACCAGCCCUCCCUGGCCGUUAAUGCAGGCACGAGGUGGCUCUUUCUUUUGCCCCCUGAAAUGAAUAGUGGCCAUUUCCAUGUGUUGCAAGGUCACAGUGUGACAUGCCAGGUUCUUCUGCGUGGUCUCUGCACCUCACACGUGGGCUUCGGGGCCCCCACGGAUUGGUGGCCUCUCUUCCAGAGCAGCCCCACUGCCGAGCUCAGGAUAGAAAGGGGCUCUUAACGUGGCCUCCUGCAAGGGGGGCAGUGUGUGUAAAUGGGUGUAGCUGCUCCCUCCCGCCCCAUAGGAUCAGCUUUCCUCUUCUCUGGCUGCAAUACCUUUGGACCUGGCUGUUGGAUGGGGCACUCUGGAUUAAAGGCACUAGGAAGGGUUUUGUUAAGGCACCUUUGGCAGGUAAAAGGACCAAACGAAAGCUCUCCUCACCUUCAGAUUCAGGCUGCCCUGAAACUGAAAGGCAGUGAAGAAUUCAUUUCUUUUUUCUGUCCCCCCCCUCCCCACAAAAAAAAUAAUAAUUGGUGUGCACUGUCCCUGCAGAGUGAUUGCACCCCUCCUGCCUACAGCCAAGUUCCCGCCCUGGUCGGUCCUACUCCUUGGGCGUGAUCUCCGUUUGAGAAAGCGUGACUCAUAACUCCCACAAGGCGUGCCUCUCUUCUCCCCCCCCCCCCCCCCCGUGCAAGGGAUGAGAAGUUACUCGACUUGGCUCAGAAAGCUUAAGGCACAUCAUCUGGGGCAGUCCUCCCUCCCUCCCUCCCUCCCUCUCUCUCUCCCCCUCCCUCCUUGCAAUCUUGAGCGUAGCACCACGUUGGCCUCCCUUCUUCUGUGAACCUGCCGCAAUCGGAUCUGUGCCUUAUUUGCGCUCAGGGCUGUGGCUCCCACUUCUUGUAUCGCUGACUGACUGGGUGGGGGAGCCUGGCACCCUCCAGAACCAGAUCUUGUAAUUGCAGUGGGGUGUUUUUCCUUGGUUUUUUUUGUUUGUUUGUUUGUUUUGCAGGGUGGUUCUUGCCCUUUAAAAACCAUACAUUAAAAUGUUGCUUUGGCACUGAUUUUUGCCCCUUUGAAAAAGUGGGACCAACCUGCAUUCUGCUUGGACAUUGUGUAGUGGAGAUAUUUAUGGGGGCAGGUAUGCUCCCCUAUCCCAAUUCAAGUCCUCUUCUCCUCGCCAAAGAAGCUUCAGUUAACCAGUUUCUGUUGAGUAAUAGAGAAUUGUCUCUCUUUGUGGGUGGGGUGUGUGUGUGAGUGGAUGAGGGCUCCUAACAUUCCUCUAUCUGUUCCUCUGAGUUGCAAAAAUCUCCUCCCGUCGCUGCUUUCCCGUCAUGCUCACUGACAUUCCAACGGAUCUGCUUUGCGUUCUGGGAAUCCAGCGACUGGGUUUUCUGGGCGAUCGUGUCAAAGCGGAGGGGAAUUAAAGUCAGGUGACGGCCAUCUGCUUAGGCGUCCAAGAUAAUCCAAUUUACGGAGCACGAAAUGCGUGCAGCGCGGGCACGGCCAAGAAUUCACGUCAUGGAGGGAUUCGGGCUGAAAACCUCUCUCACAUUCUGCCCUCUUCUCUCUCAUAGAGAAGGGUUUCUUUCCGACCUCUUCCACCGCAUGACUGACUCAUUUCAGAAACUCUGCUUUUAUCUUUUUGCCCCACAAUCUCUGGGGUGGCUUAUCUGCUACUUAAAUGGGUGAAAGGGGUUCCGGCUUGUAUUCCCAAGGAUCUGUGUGCAUGAACCACGGAUGAAAAGCAUCAUUCGGACACCUUGUCCCUGAACCAGAGGGGUCGGGGAGGAUUUCUGUGUGGCUGUUUCCCCCCUACAAUUUGGGGCAUAGAAGGAUGCUGAUCUGGGUGGGUCAUGCCUUAGUUUGUAGGCGAAGGUCUGAGCUAAUCGCUCAGCUGUGUGUAAUGUGCACUUCAGUUAACCUGACUAGGAUGCUGAUAUGUUGGUGUAAUAUAUAUGGAGGCACUUAAUCCCCCCCCCCCCCCGGGUCAGUGGAACUUUUGCCUGUAUGUUCCAAUUGCAUUGACGUUGCUUCCAGAUCACUCGCUCACAGAAAACUGGGGGUUACUUUUCUUCUCUGGGUCGUGGUGGUGGAAAUAGGGUCUGCCUUUAGCAAGGGCUCUGUUACUUAAGGGGAAAACAAGGUACUUUUGUAAGCAAAACUGCAGCUGGUGAACUGGAAUACACUGGGUUUUGUUUUGAUUUCUUUUAAUUCUUUCAUUUCUCCCCAGACUAGAAAAAUGAGGGGUGUGUUUAUCAGAUGCUGAUCUACAUAUGCAAAUGUACUGUACAUUUAAUGCUGGAAUUUCUUUAGAAUCUUCUUUUAGGGUGGGGGGGUUGAAACACUUUUCUUGUGGUUAUGGGUGCCUGGGGGUGGGGUGGGGAGGGAAACCCCUGAAUCUUUACAAACAAGGGCUCAUUUCAUUGAAAUGUGUUUUUUAAAAAAAAUAAAUGAUUUUUUUCUUUCUAGUC